AUGGUGCUUAUAUUGGCCAGAAAGGUUUCAAAAAACGCGUCUCAGUACAAGAAGGACUACUCGUUUAUUGUUACUUUUAAUACUAUUAUCGACCUAAUUUAUGCUUUGACUUUCUUGUUUAUUCAUCCGGUGAGUAUUUAUGACAAUAUUAGCUAGCGUUAUCUCAGGGGUAGAGGCAGGAGAAAGCAGUAGGUAAGAUAAGGUAUAGUAUGGUAAACUAGAAUAAGGUAAAGUAAAGUUGGGUAAAAUAAGAUAGGAUAGAGCAGGGUAUAUUGUUAACCUAGGACUAUACUACGUACCAUUGUACCAUACAAAAUAUUCAUUUACAGACAGCCAUAGUAUACAAAGCGACAUUAAUAAUUAUAACCGAAAACCCCAAGCUUCAAGAACUACCGUAUCCAAAAGCCAACGCUCUAGUGAUGUUAUGUUGUGACUUUAUCCUUAUGAUAUCGUUGACUCAUUUGGUUCACUUCUGGUACCGCUAUGACAUUAUAGUCAAAGGCAAAACAUGGUCACAUAUUCAAUAUUUUUUAAAAUUUUUAAGCUUGUUUAGUAUUGUAUUUUUGGAUUACUUAAUGUCAGUUUUCUACAUUGACAACCCUCAAGAGACAAUUCAGAUUCUAGGAGAACUGGAAAUCUUUGACGAUAGAUUGGAAGCGUUUUCUAUGUUUGGAGUAGGUUUUUGGGGUUGUUCCUUUUUUAAAAUAUCAUGCUUAAAAUUUUUUUCAAAAAAAUACUUCUACUGAAUAAAGCUACUCUGUAAAAUCGUCACAAAAAUUUAAAAAAUGCUACAAAGUUAUCUAAAAACGUAGUUUUCAAGUAGUGUUUUUGAUACAAAACAAAAAUAUACGUCAUGCCACACAAUUAAUUUUAGGUAACAAUGUGCUCCAUUAUCAAACUAGUCGUAUUUCAACUGAUAAUUACCUGCUUUUACAGUAUAAUGAUAUAUUUUGGGUACAAAACUCAGCAAAGAUUACGGUCGAAACAGUAUAAAGCUUCGAUUCAGACCAUGAGAGCACAGAAGACUAUACUAAAGACUAUGAUAACACAGGUAAAUAUAUAGAAUGUUAUCUAAAAAUAUGUACCAAAACCUAAAGUACAGUAAAACAUAGUAAAAACUGUAAAACCAAGACAAUUUUUUCGCUUUAAAUUAAACAUAUUGUACCUAUAACUCUUAACGUCUUACAUUCAGGCCCUCUACCCAAUAUUUGUCUACUACAUCCCGGUUACUAUCUACAUAUCAUGCGCCUUAAUACACAUUGAUCUAGUAAUAAUGGGUCAUCUGUUCACCUACUGUAUUACUAUAAUACCAUUGCUCAACACUGCCUCUGUACUAUUCCUUAUACCUUCAUUUCGGAAUGUUUUGAGAAGAAGAUUUAAGAGAGAUAUGAUCACUACGUUCAGUGAACCAUCUAUCUCCAGGAAUCUCACUACCAAGUUGGAUAGAAUUCCCACUAUUAGUAGAGUUGCACAGUCUACAGCUUGA